GAUAUUGUAGCCAAGCUACACGAGGAACCUUCACUUGCAUGCACUUUUCUCUAUAGCUUCUAUCGGAGCCUGCUCAGUACAAACAUCAGCUUUGUGGGGUUCACUUUAACAAGGAGUUCAGGACUGACCGGUUACGCUUGUCUCGAUGAAACCAACAGUCUGAAGACUUGCUGCCAGAAAUGGCCCUCUCCGUGGACUCGUCGUGGCUCCGGUGGCAGUGGCGAGUCCGAGAUGGCUUCCCCCGGUCUCCAUCAGAAACCACACCCCUGCUCUCUCCAGAGAGGCCAAGGCCAAGCUACAACCUGAGGCAGCAGCGGGUUGUGUUUCCCAACAACGGGAUAUUCCACCACAACUGGGGAAAGGCGUCCGGGAGAUACGCCGGCAACAGCAUCUGCACCACCAAGUACACACUGCUCACCUUCCUGCCCCAGAAUCUCUUUGAGCAGUUCCACAGAUGGGCUAACCUCUAUUUCCUGUUCCUGGUGAUUCUGAACUGGAUGCCUUCCAUGGAAGUCUUCCACAGAGAGAUCACCAUGCUCCCAUUGGCCGUUGUCCUGUUCAUCAUUAUGGUCAAGGAUGGCUUGGAGGACGUGAGGAAGUACCUCUUUGAUAGAGGAAUAAAUUGCUCCAACAGUCACAUAUAUGAAAGAACAGAGCAGAGCUACGUGCAGAAGCGCUGGAAGGAUGUGCGUGUGGGAGAUUUCAUUCAGAUGCAAUGCAACGAGAUCAUCCCUGCAGACAUCCUGCUCCUCUUUUCCUCCGACCCCAGUGGGAUCUGCCACUUGGAAACUGCCAACUUGGAUGGAGAGACGAACCUCAAACAAAGGCGUGUUGUGAAGGGCUUCUCCCAGCAGGAGGCCCCGUUCGAACCGGAACGUUUCCACAAUACCAUUGUGUGUGAGAAACCCAACAACAACCUCAACAAAUUUAAGGGCUACAUGGAGCAUCCUGAUAAGACCAGGACUGGCUUUGGCAGUGAGAGUCUUCUGCUUCGAGGCUGUACCAUCAGAAACACUGAGCUGGCCAUUGGCAUUGUCAUCUAUGCAGGUCAUGAGACAAAAGCCAUGAUGAACAACAGCGGCCCACGGUACAAACGCAGCAAGAUCGAGCGGCGCAUGAACGCAGACAUCUUCUUCUGCAUCGGGCUGCUCUUCCUGAUGUGCCUCGUUGGGGCGAUAGGUCACAGCCUCUGGAACGAGACCUUUAAAGAACAUCCUCCUUUCGAUGUACCAGAUGCCAAUGGCAACUUCCUUCCACUCGCCCUUGGGGGCUUCUACAUGUUCCUCACAAUGAUCAUCCUACUACAGGUGCUGAUCCCCAUCUCUCUGUACGUGUCCAUUGAGCUGGUGAAGCUGGGACAAGUCUUCUUCCUGCACAAUGACCUUGACCUGUACGAUGAAGAGACCGAUGUACCCAUUCAGUGUAGAGCCCUGAACAUCACUGAGGACCUGGGCCAGAUCCAGUACAUCUUCUCUGACAAGACGGGGACCCUGACUGAGAACAAGAUGGUGUUCCGGAGAUGCACCAUCCUGGGCAGCGAGUUUUCUCACCAAGAAAAUGCCAAACGACUGGAGACCCCAAAGGAACUGGACUCAGACAGUGAAGAGUGGGCCCAAUACCAGUACCUCUCCUUCCCAGCCAAAUGGGCCCAGGGUCCAGCCACAGUGAGAAGCCAAAGAAGUGCCCAGCCUCUGAGAAGGUGCCAAAGUGCCCGCGUGCCCAUGCAGGGCCACUCCCAACAAAGGUCCCUGGGGUGCGGUGAGAGCUCACAGCCGCCGGUGGCCUUCAGCAGCUCCAUAGAAAAAGAUGUGACUCCAGAUAAAAGCUUACUGACCAAGGUGCAAGACGCUGCCCAGUGGCUGGAGACCUUGUCAAACACGAAGCCUGCCAAUCCUUCCCUCUCAACCACCUCCUCCAUUGCUGACUUCUUCCUGGCCCUGACCAUCUGUAACUCGGUCAUGGUCUCCACAACAACUGAGCCCAGGCAGAGGGUCACCAUGUCAACCUCAACCAAGGUUCUGGGAAUGUCCCUGGAGAAGCUGCAGCAACUCUUCCAGAGGUUGAAGCUGUCAAACCUCAGCCACUCGUUCUCGUCCACGGCACCCUUUGACACAGACCUGGAGGAGAGUGUGGGAACCAACAUGCCCACCACGGACUCAGAGGAGAGGGACGAUGCAUCUGUGUGUAGUGGGGGCUACUCCACCGAUGGCGGCUACCGGAGCAGCACAUGGGACCAGGGAGACAUGCUGGGAUCUGCAGAAGGCCCUCCACUGGAGGAGGCACUGGAGACCCCGGCCCUGGGCUUGGCUAGUUCUGACCUCUGCUACGAGGCCGAGAGCCCUGACGAGGCAGCCCUGGUGCAUGCUGCGCGCGCCUACAGGUUCACGCUGGUGUCCCGCACACCAGAGCAGGUGACUGUGCGCCUGCCGCAGGGCACCUGCCUCACGUUCGACCUUCUCUGCACCCUGGGCUUUGACUCUGUCAGAAAGAGGAUGUCCGUAGUUGUGAGGCACCCACUGACCGGCGAGAUCAUAGUCUACACCAAGGGUGCCGACACAGCCAUCAUGGACCUGCUGGAAGACCCGGCCUGCGUGACUGACACUGAUGUGGAAAAGAAGCUGAGGAAAAUACAUGCCAAGACCCAGAAGCAUCUAGACUUAUAUGCAAGAGAUGGCCUCCGUACGCUGUGCAUCGCCAAGAAGGUGCUGAGCGAAGAAGACUUCCGGCGGUGGGCCAAUUUCCGGCGUGAGGCAGAGGCAUCCCUGGACAACCGAGAGGAGCUUCUAAUGGAAACGACUCAGCAUCUGGAGAAUCAACUCACCUUGCUCGGAGCCACUGGGAUUGAAGACCGGCUGCAAGAAGGAGUUCCAGAUACGAUCGCUGCUCUGCGGGAAGCUGGGAUCCAGAUCUGGGUCUUGACUGGAGAUAAGCAGGAGACAGCAGUCAACAUCGCCUAUUCGUGCAAACUGUUAGAUCAGACCGACACCGUUUACACCAUUAACACAGAGAAUCAGGAAAUCUGUGAAUCCAUCCUCAACUGUGCACUGGAAGAAGUAAAGCAAUUUCAUGGACCACAGAAGCCAGACCACAAGUGCUUUGGCUUCCGCCUGCCUUUUGAAACGCCAGCCACUGCCUCAGUCCCUGUCACUCCAGAAAUUGGACUGGUUGUUGAUGGGAAGACACUGAAUAUCAUAUUCCAGGGAAAGCUGGAAAAGAAAUUUCUGGAGUUGACCCAGUAUUGCCGAUCUGUCCUGUGUUGUCGCUCCACUCCACUCCAGAAGAGUAUGAUAGUCAAGCUGGUGCGAGAUAAGUUGCGCGUCAUGACCCUUUCCAUAGGUGAUGGAGCAAAUGAUGUGAGCAUGAUUCAAGCUGCUGAUAUUGGAAUUGGGAUCUCAGGACAAGAAGGCAUGCAGGCCGUCAUGUCCAGUGAUUUCGCCAUCUCUCGAUUCAAGCACCUCAAGAAGCUGCUGCUUGUGCACGGCCACUGGUGUUACUCCCGCCUGGCCCGUAUGGUGGUGUACUAUUUCUACAAAAACGUGUGCUACGUCAACCUGCUCUUCUGGUAUCAGUUCUUCUGCGGCUUCUCGGCCUCCACCAUGAUCGAUUACUGGCAGAUGAUCUUCUUCAAUCUCUUCUUCACCUCCUUGCCUCCGCUCCUCUUUGGAGUCCUGGAUAAGGACGUCUCUGCAGAGACACUCCUGGCGUUGCCCGAGCUAUACAAGAGCGGCCAGAACUCUGAGUGCUACAGCCUGUCGACUUUCUGGAUCUCCAUGGUAGAUGCGUUCUACCAGAGUCUCGUCUGCUUCUUUAUCCCGUACCUGACCUACAAGGACUCUGACAUUGACGUCUUCACCUUUGGGAUCCCCAUCAACACCAUCGCCCUUGCUACAAUCCUCUUAUACCAGGCGAUGGAAAUGAAGACCUGGACCGUUGCCCACGGGCUCCUCCUUGUCUCCAGCUUCCUGAUGUACUUUGUGGUAUCGCUCGUGUACAACGCCACCUGUGUCACAUGUAACGGUCCCACCAACCCCUACUGGGUGCUGCAAGGCCAGCUGUCAGAGCCCACGUUCUACCUCGUCUGUGUCCUCACACCCGUCGUGGCCCUUCUCCCGAGGUACUUUUUCCUGUCUGUACAAGGAACCUACGGGAAGUCUCUGAUCACAAAAGCUCAGAAAAUUGACAAACUCCCCAAGGACAAGAGGGACUUGGAAAUCCAGAGUUGGAGAAACAAACAGAGGCCAGCCCCUGUCCCCGGAGGGGCUCAGCCCAUCCUCCAACCAGGGCCACCUGUCCCAGCACAGGACCUCAAAGCCGAUGUGCCGAAGAGCUCACUUCCACCUCAGCAGAAGCUCAUGAAAGACGGGGCGCUCCCUGGGGAGGGCUGCGGCAGAGCCCACAGGAUGGAGGACCCCCCAUCAGGGACGUCCUCGGUCCAGUUCUCCUCCAGAAAUCACCUUCUGGAACCGGGGAGGGAAGUAGCUCACGGACACUGCUCAACUAGACCAACGAACGUGCCUGCAAGCAGGGGCAGCCACUGUAGAUCCCAGAGCGCCCGGACCAUCUGAGGGGCCUGCAGAAGUCUCUGCCAACCUGGAGAGGCUGCCCGAUCACUGACCCUAGAACCCUUCAUCUCCAUGGAGUCAAGAAUAUGCAGCCUUCCUCUCGUUUCUCCACCAGACUUCCCUUCCUCAGAAGAAGUACUGGUCCCAAGGGGCUUGGCCAAAAAAGGACCAGCACACCCUCAGCCGUCAGUUGUCUCCCACUGUCAGGUGGUACACACAGUGGUUUGUAGAAGGGUGUCCGUCACACUGAAGGGCUCAAACAUUCCAGCCCAGUCAAGACAUCCCUCCCACCCUGUAGAUAAGUACAGCCUCGGGCCUCAUGCACAUGGAGCCCUGUAGCCAAAAGGGCAGUGGCUUGAACCCUCCAGUCUCUCUGCAGAGAGAUACAUGACGGACUGCUUUCAUGAAGAUUAACAGCCUUGGGGCAAGUUCUACUCUAUCUAUUCAUUAUAAGUCUCAAUCGACUCAAGGGCAGUGGGUUUUUAGAUGGAUAAGUCAUAUAACCGCAAUGUAUGUUUCCAAGAUUCUGAGCAGUCUCGUCAUCCCAGGCAAUACGAGUCUAUGGAAGUUUCUAAGUUGUCAAAGCAUCAGCACCCUUCUCAAUGCCAAGAGACAACUCUGCUAUAUGGAUUGCAUUGAGGGGGGCUGUGCCGAGGUUAAGAGCGCUUCCAUACUCACAGAGGUGGGUCUACUUUUUGCCUUUGAGUCGAGGGAAAACCACUUUUGAACUAGAUUUGGACCCAGUGCCGCAGACGCAUCUGUGGCUGGGGGAAAGGCCAGCAGAAGGAGCAUGCAGAAGGAAACAAGACACUGAAACCCUAUGUUGGCCCGCAGACAAUGUGCCCCACCGUCUAGGGCAGGGGUUCUCAAA